GAGUAUAUACGGAGACGAAUAGAUAAACAAAGACUAACUUUCGAUCCUUAUGUUAUCAGAAAUUUUCUUGAUCUUUACCUUGCCCAGGAAGAAAAACAGGAUUCAAAAAUAUCAGUGGUGCAUGUUAUAUAUGUUAAAGUUCCCGGAUGUUCAGCAAAAAUGUCGAGCAGAGAUACUUGAAGUAAUAGGAGACAGUAGAAUACCACACCUUAGAGACCGAGAUGACCUAUCCUACGUCAAUGCUACACUUCAUGAAAUACAACGAAUUGCGACAACAACUCCGAUGGCAGUUCCCCAUUCUACGCUAGAAGACAUUUAUAUUGAGGGUAAAUUAAUCCCUAAGAAGAGUAUACUUCUGUGCGACUUGAUGUCUGUACAUGUUGAUCCUACUGUAUGGAACGAACCAGCAAUGUUCCGUCCUGAAAGAUUUCUUGAUGACAAGGGUCAUUUUCUUAGAAGAAAAAGUUUCUGUCCGUUUUCACUCGGACCCCGUCAGUGUGUUGGAAAACAUUUAGGUGAAGCAGAAUUGUUUUUAUUUUUUGUUUCAUUACUUCAACGAUUUGACCUGAUAAAGGCUAACCCUGAUCAAAAUUUGUCUACAGAAGGAAAGCAGACGUUCGUAACACUAGAACCACCACCUUUUGAAAUGAAAUUCGUUAUCCGUAAUUAG